AUGAUUAUAUAUACAAUAUUCUUAUGUCUUGUGUAAAGUUUACCAAAUUACUAUGGAACAGUCUAGAUAGAUACUCAAUAAAUAAUUUAACUAAACUAAACUUAAAAAGUGAAUAGCUUAAUAAUCAAAUUCUAUAAAAGAGAAGAAAAUAUACUUUGUUUAGUUUCUUCAAGUGAUUUGGAUUAAACAAAAUUAAGUGAUCUAGACUUAAAUUACAAUCCCAAAGGAUCUGAAAUAUAUGAUUAUCAAAGUUACUUAGCCAAUAAUGAGAAUCAGCUUGUCUAAAUUGUUUAUGCAUCAAUAAUCUAUAUUAAAUGUUUGCAAUAAAACUAUAUUCAAUAAUAACCUAUCAGUCUAGAAAUCUAUUAUUCUGAAAAUGAACUUGUUUAAGGAUGUAUUAAUGAUUGUAAUGGAUACAAUUAUCCUGAAAUUAUGGAUUCUGUUUGUGUAGCUUAAUAAUGUCAUUGUUUAUAAGGUGCCUUUGGAUAAUAUUGCUAAUUCUAAUUUUCAUAGAUAUAAAGCAAUGUUCUUACUUCAUUUACAUUAGAUUCACAUAAUUGGAAGUAUUUUCAAUACAAAUUUAGUACAAAGGACAUUAAUCUAUCUUCUUAAAAUGAAGAAGAUGAAUUAUGUAUUUAAUUGUGUAAUAAAAUAUAUAGAUUACAGUUUUGUAUUAAAGGCAAAUCCAUAAUUGAAUAUUCCAACUUUGAAAGAUAGUUAGAAAUUAUAUUCAGUUAAUAAUAUUUAAUAAGAAUUAAAAAGUAAAAUGUCUUAUACUUAUGUCGAUAUAAUUUACAUAGGAUUAUACAAUAAUCAAUCAAAAUCUGUUAAUUUAUAAUUUAAGAUCAUUACAACUGAAGAAGAGGAAGAAAGCACAUUUGAAAGAAAUAAAAUUAUUAUCAUUGUAACUGGCUGUGUUGUAGGAUCAUUACUUUUAUUUGCAUUUGGUUUAUCAGCUCUCAAAUCUCGAUAAUAACGAUAAUUCCAAUAACAAAUACAAGAGGUCAUUAGAAGAAAUCUAGAUUAAGUUCGUGAUAUGGAACCAAUUUAAAACUAAAGUCCAGAGCGUUAAAUUAUUUAAACAAAUAAUAAAGGUACAACUUAAGCAACUUAUGAGGUUUCUCGUUAAGGUUUAUUAAAGAUCAUUUUAAAGGACAUACCAAUGAAAAAAUAAUUAAAGCAUAUCCAGGUUUGUCCUAAUUUGAAGAAUGUGCUGUAUGUUUAGAAUAAAUGAAGAAGGCUACUACAAAACUUUAAAAGAUUUGUUCUGUUACUCCUUGUUUUCAUAUUUUUCAUUCAAUGUGUUUGGAGGAAUGGUUAUUAAGAUAAAAAAAUUGUCCAUUUUGUAGAACUGAAUUCACAAGAAAAAAAAUAAUUAAAGAUUAUCCUUGGUUGGAAAUUAAUACUAUUAGAGUUAAUAAUACAGAUUCUACUUAUUUAAGUCGUAUGAAAAAUAAUUUAGAAUCUGUUAAUGAAAGUUAAAUAGAAUUUAUAAAGUAAUAACCAUAAGACAUAGAAUAAUAAUCAAAAUAAAUUGAAGAAAUUAAUGAAUGA